UGAGGCAUAGCGAUCACUUGGCAGGCACGCCUUUCCUGCAAGUAGAAAGACGAACAACUUGCUUCGAAACUCAGCUUUCAGUGUUGUUGUAGUUUGCUGUGGUGCAUUUCAGACGGAGUGGUCAUGGCCGACAUAACGGUGAAUUUAGACGACGAAAGAAAGCAGACAGGGAAAACCGUAUUCGUUGGAUCAGAUUUUACAGAUUUAACCAUUCAGCAGAUUGAUGAUGCGAAGGAAACAUUCCUCGACCUUGAAACGUACUGGAGACGAUUUCGCUUUGAAAUUGAUACCCUGAAAGAAAAUCAUCGAGGAGAGGUUGACAAACUUCGUCAGGAAAUCGAGAAUCUAUUGCGACAGAAAAACGCGCUUCAAGAUCAGGUGAAGACUGCGAAAGGAGAUGCAAAACGAUUCCAAGAUGACCUUAUCCGAUCUCAAAGAAAUUUUACCGAAAAGCAGUUUGAAAAUGAUGGUUUACAGAAAGAGGUUAAGAAUAAGAACGGGAUCAUCGACAAACUGAAGUUGGAUAAGAAUGCGUUGCAAAAAGAAAUCGAUCGUUUGCGCAUGGAACUUGCUUCGAAAGAUAUGAUCACGGUCAGCACAUCAGAUAAUGUAGAGUCGUCAAUGGACGGUGAUCUUGAUAGUCUUAACAAUCAACUUUCCGACUGGCAAGCCAACGCUGAGCUGGCCAACAAAGAAAAAGAAGGGUUGUUAAAAGAUCUAGAUGAUAUGCAAAAUCGUGUCAAUCAACUUCAAAGCGACUACGACAAGGCCAAGAGAGAUCUUCAAAAGCAAGAGAAGUCGAGUCAGGUGCAAAUUUCAAAGUACGAAUCGCAGCUGCAAAAUGCGCUAAAACAAAGAGACGGUUUGAAACAGCAGCUAGACAACCUUAAAGAUCAGUUAAAGAAGAGCAAAGAAAACAACGCACAGUUGCAGAAGGAGCUGCUCGACCAACAAAAGGAAGUUGAUUCACUGAAAGAGGAAGUCGGAGCAAAAGCUUCUCAAAUCGAUCGCCUCGAAGCCGACAACGACGAGUUGGAUAACAAGAUCGAGAGGCUGAAGAAGGACCUUGCUCAGGCUGAAAUGGCAAACCAAGUUUUAGGAAAAGAACGUGAUGGACUUGAACGUGAUUUGCAGAAAGCUGAAAGUGACAUCGACGACCUGGAAGGAGCUCUGGACAAGACCCGGCAAGCGAAGGAAGAUCUUAAGAAAGAUCUUAAUAUUACAGCAAACAAGUUGACAAACGUCGAAGACGCAAACCGAAAAGCACAAGAUCGUAUAAAAGUCCUGGAAGCUCAGAUUCCGAAGUUGAAAGCGCGUGUUACAGAAGCAGAAGGAAAUCUUUUGUCGAUGAACAGCAAAUACAAGAAAUUAGAGGAUAACUUCAACAAAACCAAAGCAGACCUGGAUGAAGCCCAAAACAACCUUGCUAUCGCUAAGGAACAAGUUGACCAGCUGGAAACGACGUGCCAAGGAGCGAUAAAAGAUCGAGACGAUUACAAACAGCGCCUUGCAAAUAGCGAGAAAAAGAUCGCAGAGUUGAAACAGCAGCUCCAAAAAGUACAGGAAGAAAGAGACGAGCUGGAUAGCGAAGUUUCCAAAGCACGCAUGCAGAUCAAUAAAUUACAAUCUCAACUGGAUAACGUACAACGACUAAAGGCACAACUGGAAAGUGAUUUGGCCGACCAGAAGGCAAAGAACACCAAGUUAACAAACGACUACACUGUCUUAAAGACAUCGUACAACGAAGUGAACAAGAACCUGCAAUGGCAUAAAAACCAACUCGAGAGCAAGAAUAAUACUAUUGCAGAGUUGAAGAAACGUAUCGCAGCUUUGGAAGCGAAAUUAGAUCCGCUGUAUCAAGAAGUUAGCGACCUGCAGUCGAAAUGUGAAGUCCUUGGUAAAGAAAACGAAGAUUUACAGGAUAAACUACUGGAAGCCGAACGAAGAUACAAGGAACUACAAGUCGAGUAUAAUCUGCUGCAGAAAGAGCGAGACGAUCUAGCAAAAGAAAUUCAAGAUCUCCUGAAGAAAAUUUCUGAGCUCCAAACAGCAUUAAACAUCAGUCAACGAGAGACGAAUGACUACAAGAACCAAGUAACUGUCCUGAAGCAGAAAAUUGUAAAACUCGAACGUGAUUUGGAUACAGUGACGAAAGAAAAGAACGACCUAGAUCUUCAGAAUAAAGAUAUUCAAGCAAAUCAUAAGAAGAGCAACGACGAAGCAAUAAUCCUAAAGAACCAAUUGAACGAUGUUCAAUCCUCGCUUGACGACCAAAAAAAUAAGUUGAAUGAUAAUGACAACUUAAUUACAAUGCUUCGUGAGAAGACCGUGCAACAGGAAAACGAGCUCGAAAAUGUCAAAGGCGAUCUGGAUCAUUACAAAAAUUCAUUUGAAACAACCGAAGACGAAAGGAACAAGUUGGCAUAUCAAUUGAAAGACAGGGAUGAUGAAGUUGAAAAUCUACAUGGUGUCAUCAAACAAAAAGAACAGAUGGAUAUCGAACAAGCGAUAACUGUGCAAACAUUUGACGUUGUGGAAUCCAGUAUGGGCGAUGACUUCUUCAGUGGUCCAUCACAGCAAGAUUUCGAUAACGAAGUUGCAAGAAAUCAACUCUUACAGAAUGAAGUCGAUAAUCUUAAGACGAAGAUAACGCAGCUACAGAAUGAAUGUAACAGCACAAAACGCGACGUCCAUGAUCUUCAAGAAGAUUUGCAACGGGCACAAGCAAAAAGAUCAACCAAUUACAAGGAGAACGAUCAGCUGGCUGCUGAUAAAGCUGUUGAAGCUGAACGAGCAAUACUAGCUGAAGCUAAAGCCGAUGACCUCGAGAAGGAAGCAGACACCGCUAAUCAACUUCGCGAAAAAGCGGAAGAAGACCUGAAUGAUGUGCGUGGACGAAUACCCAAGUUGGAAUCGCAACUCGACUCGUUACAAAAACAGAAAGCAAAGUUGCAACGCCAGCUUGACGACUCCAAUGCAAAUCUCACGAAAUGCAAAGAAGACCUUAUGAAUCUUGAAAGUCAACUGGCUGAGCAAAAGAGAAAAAACGACACAAUGAGUAAUCUUUUGGAAAAGAAAGAAAAGAAUCUCGCUGAAGCAAAUCGUAAUGUGAAAGCCUUGGAGAACGAAUUAGAUGAGCUGAAACGUGAUUUGGCGAAUCUCACAGCAAGCAAUGAUGCGUUGAAAGCGGAGAAAGAAGACGACGAUAGACGUAUACAGCAAAUGCAAGAACGAAUUCAAGAUUUGAACAAAGAAGUCCAAAAACUCCGCGAAAUUCAAGAUAACCUUGAAAACCAAGUGAACACAAAAACCUACCAGCUUACAACGGCUCAAUCACGAUUGGAAAAUGCACGAAAAGAUCGUGAUUACUACAAAAAUGAACUUGCAAAUGCGCAAAACAACGCAAAGAAAGAUCGUGAAGACAUCGUUCGUCUUCAAAAUCGUGUACGUGCGCUGGAACGUCAAAACGAACAGUUUGAGAAAGAUAUAAAAACUAAAGAUGCGCUUAUCGAAAAGUUGAAAAAGAACAAAGCACAGUUGGAAUCGGAUCUCCUAAAGACGAGAAAGGAGCUGGAGUCACUUCGCGUCGCAUACCAGAAAGCCCAAGAUAUCAUUCGAAAAUAUGAAGAUCAAAUACGCGAGAAAAGCCUAAAAAUUAAUUCGAUGGAAGUAAAUAUUACCAAUUUGAAGAAAGAAGCAGUCCCAGUCAGCUCCAAUAUCACAGUUCAGCGUGUGUCUAAUGUUGAAAGUGCUCCUCCUGGUGCAGCACCAGAGCGCGAAAACAAUUUACGAUCGGAAAUUCAAGUAAAUAAGAACAGGUUUGGGAAAUUGGAAGGAGAUUACAAGAAAGCUCAACAAAAGAUCAUUGAAUUGACUCAAGAUAAUAGAAUGCUCCAGAAACGCGUAGACGACUUACAGAAUCGCUUGGACAAGAGCAACGCCGAUUGUCAGAGAUUCAAACAAGACCUUAACGAUGCUUCUGACAAGAUUUCCGACCUCGAAGUGAAGAACGAAUUCGAAACUAGGGAGAAGAAUAGCCUUCAGCAGCAGUUGGAAGAUGCAAAUAAACGAAUUGCAGCCCAGCGUGCGGAUCUUUUGAAGGCAGAACAAAAAGUGGUUGAAACAAAGAUGCUGUACGAUGUUGCGCAAAAUGAUCUGCAAGAAAAAGAAGACGAGGUGCAAGGCUUGUUGAAAGACAAGAAAAGUUUGGAAAAACAUCUGGAUACAACAAAGGCAACAAUGAACCAGUUGCAAGAAGACAAUAAUCGACUGAAGACGGACCAAGGUCGUCUCCAGCAAGAAAUACUGGACCUCAAAGAAAAGCUUGCUGAUUUGGAGACUAGAUUACAAAAGGCCCUUACUGACAAAGACCGUGCACAGAAAGACGUAAAGGAUUGCCUUGCGAAAAUUGCUGGCUUGGAGCAACAAAUAGAAGAACUUACAAGAGACAAAGAAAGUCUGUAUCAAAAAAUCGAAGAACUGAAAGCUACUGCUGGGCGACACCGUGAUGAGUGCAACAAGUGCGAGAAGGAACUUGCACAAUUGCAGGCAGAGUUCGAUCGCCUGAAGGCAGACAAUGAGGAGAAAGAACGUCAAAUCGAUAAUUUAACCGAAACCAAGAUUGUCGUAGAGAAAGAAAACGAAGAGUUGAAGAAACAGUUGAAGAAGCUGAACGCAGACUUCGACGAUGCUGUUGAGAAGAACCGUCAGAAUGAAAACAUGAUCAGCGUAUCCAAUGUGCAAAAUGUCGAGAGCGCCCCAGAUAUGUGGGAUGGAAUGGAUCCAGCUGAAGAUUCAAGCAUUUUAAAGAGGAAAAUAGACGAGUUGGAAAAUGAUCUCGGUCAGAGCCAAAACAAAGAAAGGGAAGCACAAGGUAAGCUCUUGGAACUCAACGCAUACAUCGUGAAGAUGGAAGGUAUCUACGAACAACUACUUGCCAGGAAAAAAGAGAUCGAACAAGAGCUAUACGAUGCACAGCGUGAAUUGAAACCACUCAAAGACGACUUUGAAUCGACGAAACAAGAACUCCAGGACCUUGCCGCACAAUUCUCUAACCUCAAGAGAGAAAACGCCAACUUGCGAAUGCAGCUCGAACAAGCACAGCAAGCGAAAAAUCAACUCGAGAAACAACACGAAGAUGUUAUUAUGAAAGAUAGGAAUAACGAGCAGAAUCUCUUGAACACUGAACGUAAGCUUCAAGAAUUACAGUUACAAUUGGAACAAGGGGAAAAUAAUAAAGACAAAGACAAGAUAAUUGAAACUCUUAAGGAAGAAAAGAAAGAGCUAGAAAAGCAAGUUCACCUCCUUCGCGAAGACCUCAAUCUUAUGCAAACAAAUCUUGGCAACGUUCAACGAAAACGUGACGAUCUCGAGAAGCAGUUAUUCAACAUGCAGAAACAAUUCUCAGAUGUUGAUCUUCGAAUGAAAACCUUGAUACAAGAGAAUAACGAACUGAAUGACGACAUCAUAGCUGCACAACGUAAACAAGCUGAUCUUCAAAAUGAACUACAGAAAGCACUGAAAGAGAAGGCAAUGUUGAGAGGUGAACUGGAUGAAGCGAAGGCACAACUCUUCCGAAACAAAGAAGUUCACUCCAACUUGGAAAGACAAGUUGCCGAACACAGAUCCAACGUUGACGCAUACAGAAAAGAUCUUGGGGAUAGAGAAAACGACGUUGACUGGCUACGAAAUCAAGUUCAUGCAUACGAGGACGAAAUUAGUUCAUUGAAAAUUCGAUUGCAUUCUUACCGAGAAGACUACGAGAAAGCGCAACAAGACAUGACCGUACUACAAAGUAAGCUUCAAGAAAGAGAUAAUACUAUUGCUGAUAUUGAAUUUAAAUUGAAAGCACUCGAACAAGAGAACAAGAGGCUCAAAAAUGAGUUAGGAGUUGCGAAAGCUUCUGCUGAAGAUUACAGAAAAUCGUACUUUGACGCAAGAAAGGAAAUCGAAAGAUUACAACUCGAGAUCCUUGGCCUCAAUCAACAGGUUGCUACAUUGCAGUCGCGUCUGGAGGCCACCGAAGAAGACAGAGAUCGUUUGAGAGGUCUCUUGGACAAAAUGAAGAAAAAUAAUUCAGAAAUGAAAAUUCAACUAGAUAUAGUCCAUAACGAAAAGAGCAAGAUGGCCAAUGAUAUGAACGUGAUUAAACGUGAGACAGAGAACGUACAACAUUCCGCUCCACCCGAUCAAGUUGAUUCAGGAAAGGAAAAAUUAACCAAGAUCUACGAGCUUCAAAGUAGUUUUGACAACGUCAAACGAGAUCAUGAUGAUGCCCAGCGUGAUCUGGCUAACCUUCGCAAGAAGAACCUGAAACUGGAAACGACAGUUUCUGAUCUUAACCGACAAAAAGAUGGCAUUGAAUAUGAUAACCAAUGGAAGACGAAGCGAAUUGCAGAUCUUGAGAACCAACUUAAUGAUUUGCAAAACAGCAACAAGGUUGGUCGGGAAGAUAUUCUUGGAUGGCAGAAAAAGAUCGCAAAAUUAGAGCAAGACCUCAGCACUGCAAAGAACAAGAACAGCAGAUUGGAAGCGUACAAUGCUGCAUAUGAUGGGAAAAUGAAAGAAUUAAAUGAUGAUCUCAUCGAAGCGAAUCAAAAGAUUGCACAGCUUGAAACCUCGCUUGAUGGGUGCCAAGACACAAUCGAAAAGAAACAGAGGGAUCUCCUUGACGCAGAAAAGAAAGCUGGUAACCUGGAAACAGCCAAUCAAAACCUCUCCAAAGCAAAGAACGAAUUACAACGAAACCUUCAAGCAGCCAAGGCGAAAAUUCUCGACCUCGAGGAAGACUUGCAAGCGGAGAUCAAGCAAGUUGCACAGCUCAAAGGCAUCAUGGGCGACUACAAGGUUAGAAACGAAAACCUGAAAAAUGAAAACGCCAGACUUCAGAAGAAGCUCUUGGACUUGCAAUCGUCAACAGAUGUCAGUUCUCGUGAUGUAGCUGAAAUGAGAUACACAAUCAACAGAUUGGAGACGGAUAACAAGCAAUUGACUAGUGAUAAUCAAUUGCUGCGAAGGCAAUUAAAUGAUGUCAAACAAGAUAAUGCGAAGAUUCAAAACGAAAAGAGAGACAUUCAAAACCAACUUCAAAAGCUUAAAAUGCAAUUCGCCGAACUUCAACACAAUAAUGAUCUACUCCAAGAUGAGAAUGAAAAGCUCAAGCGUGAACUAGCAGCAGCUAAUAUCCAGAUUCAAGAAAUGGCGGACAAUAUGCAACAGCAACCGCAACAAGAGGUUAUGGUGGAAUCGGCUCCUGACAUGUUGUUUAGCGAACCAGAUUCAGCCGAGUUGGAUUUCCUUCGUCCAGAAAAGGAUCGUCUACAGAAUGAAGCUACAGACUUGAAAAAGAAACUCGACAACUUGCAAGAUGCCUAUGAUCACCUUAACGACGACAAGGCUAACAUGGAAGAAAAGAUCCUGAUCUUGCAGCGAAAUGUUUCUGAUCUUAAUCGAGAAAAACAGGAAUCAAACGGAGAACGUGCAAAAUUGAAGCGUGAUCUCGACGAUGCAAUGGAGAAGCUCGCUGAUCUUGAACAAGAAAACCAACGGCUUAAAGUUGAAAAUUCUUCCCUCAAACAAGACUACGAAGAUGUGCAAAUUCAGUUGGUCAAGAUUCAAGCGCAAUACGAUAUUCAUAUCACGCAAACAUCGGAUAACCAAAAGGAUGCCCAAGCGUCAACGCAGAAAUUCAAGAACCUCGAAGAUGCGCUAAAGCGAAGUCAAGAUCGUGAGAAUGAAUUGCAGAGGGAAGUAUUGGACGCUCACAAGAAAGCUGCAGCUCUGGAGUACGAAGUCAAAAGUGCAAACGAGAAAAUAGUGGAUCUGGACGAUACAAUGAAACAGAACAAUGACAAAAUCAGAGUCCUUAAGGAUGAAGUGGUAGGGCGGGAAAAGAAGGUUUCAGAACUGGAAGCAAACAUGGAAGACGCAGCCGACACGAUCAAAGGUCAAGAAUAUGAAAUCGAUGGUCUCAAGGAUAAACUGAACGAGCUGGACAGCAAAGAUAGACAAUCGCAAGAUGGCAGAAAUGACCUUGAAAGCCAGCAUGCAACUCUUAAAAACCGUUGCAAUAAGUUAGAAGACCUGCUGAACGACGCCAAUCGUGAAAAAGAUGACCUGCAAAAGCGUUUGCAAGAUCUUCAAAACGAAAAUGACAACCAGAAUUCAGAUUUCUCGAAACAAAUCUCCCAAAUUCACCAAACCACUGAAAUCUACCGACGGGACCUUACUGACCGCGAGAAUCAGAAUGAAAAGUUGAGGAAACAAGUGAGCGACCUGACUAAAGAAAACGAGCAGUUAAAACGGGAUAUGGCGAAUAAGAAGAAUAGCGUGGAAACCUACCUCAUUGAAAUCGAACGAUUGAAACAAGAAUUGGUGAUCAUUCGAGAACGUGUCACAAAAGGUGACCCGAGAAUGGCUGAUGAAAUGGUAGAAUUAAAGCAGAAAUACGACGAGAUCGAAAGCGAGAAGGAAACACUUCGAACAGAGAAGCAAAAUCUACAAUACCAACUGCGAAUUGUAACCGAGAAGCUUACAGAAAUCGAAACAGUCUAUCGACAGAGCACCAACGGUCUGGAAACGGUUACACAGGAAAUGUACGCGUUACGCCAAAAGAUCAACACAAUGGAACUUGAUUUGCAGAAAGCGAUCAAGGACAGAAUGAUUCUGGAAGAGCAACUCGAAAAAGCUAACCGUGAAUUGGUGAUCCGUCACGAAUUGAUUGUCAAGUUAGAGAAGGAAGUCCGUGAUCACCGUGUCGAAAAAGAAUUCCACGACCAAGCAAUCGAGGAACGAGAGCAAUCCAUCAAAACCCUCCGCAUCAAGGUUGUCACUUUGGAGAAGGAGAUCGCCAGUCUGAAAUGGGACAUCGAAGUGCUGAAGAAGGAGAAACAAACCACGGAGGUUACGCUGGAUGUGAAACCAAAGAUAGAAAGAACGACCUAUGAGAUAACCCAUGCCAUGAGCCCUGAAACCAAGUCAGUAGUGACUGGUAAGCCACACGAGAUCUCAACGUUGGAUUUCAGCGUCAACGAUAAACCAGACACAUACAGUUUAGGGCAGACAACAACGCGUGUGUACUCGAGGGGAAACAGUGAUGAAGCUAGCAUGAGUUUUGUCGAGGGAGGUGAUAGAGAAGUUCGAACCCGAGUUAUCAAAAGAGAGACAAGGACAAUCGAAGGACCCUUGUCACCUGGUUCUUAUAGCCACAGUAUUUCCGAGGGAUUUUUGCCUGGCGAGUCGACGACGACUUACACCCGAACCUUGUCCGGUGGCCCAGAAACAGGAGAAGUUCAAGUGGUUCGUAGAGAAAGGCGAAGCAGAAAAUUCUUAGACGAAGGCAAAUAUUGACAAUAAUGAACACGAAUAACUUUACAUAAAUAGAAUUGCAUAGCUUAGUUUAAGUCGAUCCUCAUUUGAUGUAGUAAUUUUGGAUAUUUACCAUCCAAAAAAUGGUGGGAUUUUUUUAUCGGUAUUUAUUGCGCAAGUUUCAUUCGCAAGAGAAAAUUCUUUUUUGACAAUUGAUCUUUGGGAAUUGCAUAGGAGGAAUUGCUCGACCAAGGUUGAACUAUCCUACCAUUUCUAUAGGACCAAAUAUUUUAAAAUUACUGCAGUACAUGUUAGUACAGUGCAUUUGUAGGACGAGUGCUUGUUUAAAUUCGUUUGGGUUGUUUUAUGCACUUAGAUUUUAAUAUGGUUUAGUCAUAGUUGUGCUUCAGUGUAUUACAUGAUCAAAAUAGCCGAUCGGACAGAAUAGGGAGAGAGCUUUCCAUCUGCACUGUCAGAUCAAGCUGUGAAACGUAUUGUGGUUGAAUAGCGCUUACAUGAAAAGUGUAGGUCCAUUUUAGUCGUAUUUCUAUUAUCUUAGCAAAAUCUUACCUUGUUGGGUCAACCCGUUCGGCUGUUUAAUGGAACAUUCCCCACGUGUUUCUCAAUAGCAUAUACCAUUACACGACACUAGGUUAAUGAAUUGAUAGAAUUUGUAGUAUUUUUCUAAUAUUUUUUUCACAUUUUUGUCACAUCAAUAGUAUACGUAAUUUCAAUUAAAUUUUUGCCUCAUAUAUUAA